UUUUAUAUCAUCUAAAUGUAGUCGUUGUAUUUAUCUUACACAUUGAAAGCAAUCAUGGCGGAAGAAGCUGCCGCUAGCAGUCCGAAACCUGAUAUAGCUCUUCCAAAAGUUUUAAUACACCAAGCUAGUGAAUCCGACAAAAGUGAAAGUGUGGAAAUACGGAAUGAAGAUGAAGGAAAUAAAACUCCCGAACAAAAUGGUAUUGUUAAUGGCACAGAAAAUCACGAUGUACACGUAGCUUCGAGUCCAGAAACAGGAGAAGCAUGUAAUGGCAAUAAUGCAACAAAACAACCUGUGACAGUCAAAUCCACAAAAGUGGUCGAUGACGAAGCAAUGUCCCAAAAGAUUGAGGAAACAGCUCGUGAAGAUGAAACAGAAAUUCAAACACCAAUACAAGUUUCUCAGGAUGACGAGAUAGAAACAGCAGCAGAUAUUAUCAAAAACGACGAAGUAUCAAACAGUACCGAAACAGCUCAUACUGCACAGGCAACUGAAGACAGCCAGUCACCAGAAUCAGAUGCUCAAACCUCAAGUACUGCACACAAUGAUAUCACUAAUGAGGCUGAAGAAUUGGUAAAAGUGAACACUGACAAAGAUACACCAAAUAAUGUAGUCGAAGAGGAUAAGGAUAAUACUGAUGCAGAAGGGGGGAUACAGACAGCUGCAAAAUAUGACACUAGCGGUGUCGAUAGUUCAGAAAAAUCUCCAACUAAUGUGGAUAUAGAUGUCUCCACGGCAGAGGUGAAACAAACAAUAAACGAUAAAAGUCAGGACGGUAUUGUAGGCAAUACAUCAUCACCAAAAAUGGUGAAUGACGGUGAACCCGUGGAGCAAUCUUCUGAACAUCUUGUUGUGGAUGAUACGAGUAUAGACAAAAGCACCAACGGCAACAAUGUAACAGACUUAAUUAAUGAGACAAAUUCACCUAAACAUGCGGAUACUGACCCAGGAAUUGUUAAUGAGGAAACUUCAGAGGUUAUCGCAAUUUCUGAAACAGAAGAAAAUAGCACCAAGGAGUCAGUGGCCACAAAUACCUUAUGGAAUGUUGGAAAUACUAAUCCUAUAAAAGAAUUGACUGGCCAAAAUGAUGACAGUCAACGUGUAGCAAAAACAUCGCUACACGAUGAUGUUGCUAGUAACAGUUCGGUGGAUGAUAAAAACGAACUUGAAAACCAGGCAGAUGGUUACGACGCCAGCGUUAGCGGUAAUGAGGAUGAACCGCCAGAAAAACCAAAGUAUGUAACCGAGAAAAAUGACGAAGUGCUUGAUAAAAAAGUAGCUGAAGUUUCCAAAACUCAUCUGAAAUACUUGAAGACACAUGGAACGGAGAUAAAUGUUGAGAAAGAUAAUGAACUUUUACCAACGGAACUCCUUCCUGGGCCACAAAAUAAUAACUUUGUUGACUAUGAUAUUACAGAUAAACCUCAAGUACCUUCAUCUGAAGUGAAUGAAAAACCGCAGGUAGAAAACAUAUCAGACACUUCUCAAGAAUGUAAACUCCUGCAAACCUUGGCUCCACCAAGCGGAGUUGAAUCUGAGGGAAGCCCUACCCCGGGUAGGUCUUCUCCACGCCAAGUAACAUUUACUAGCGACACAAAAGUCCCAGAAGACAGUGAAUCCGAUUCAGAAGUUGUCAUUCCUGUUCGGACAAAACAAAACUCAAAUAUAGGAUCAUUAAAUGAAAAAGACUUUGAUCGAAAUCUUGUACACGAACGCGAUAGCACUUCAGAACCUCCAAUAAUAAAAACGAGAGAUUUGGAAGAUGGAGAACAAGAAUUGCCUCCGGAGCCAAAAAUAGAUGUGGUGGAAACACGAAAAGAUCAGACACCUGACGAACCUGCAAGUACUGAGAUAGUUUCGGAGAAAAAUGAAGCACAAGCGAAAGAAUCAGAUGAUAAAAACGGAGUAGGAGAGCAUGUGCAUUCUCACAAAUCAGAUGUUGAGCAGCUAAAUGAGAAGAUUCGGAAUCUCAAUGACCAGAUCAAUCGUUUGGAGGAGGAAAAAGCGACAAAUGCGCAAAAAGUGGGUGAUUUGAGUUUGAAGAUUCGUCGAAUUACAGAUGAUAACGUUGAUGCAAUUAAAGAACGAGAUCAAAUGAUCAGAACAUUGACAGAUGAAAAACAAAAAAUGGAGGAUGUAAAUCGAACACUAACCGACGAGAAUGAAAAAUAUAAAGCGAAUCUUGGCCAACUUCAACAACAACAAAGAAACGGAAGUACAAAUACGUCUGAGCCACCAAGCCAGAAAAAGUCAUCCGUGUGCGUGAUUCUGUAAUAUAUAUAACCGCAAAAGAUAUUUUGCAUUACUCCUAAAGUUUAUUUUCACAAUUUAGAAAGUCUCGCGCAGUUGAAAGUCUAUUUUGCAUUCAGCUACUAAAUAUGGAAAAACAUUAAGAUAUGUCGCAUUUAUGGCCUAUAAAUAUUUUUCUCGGUCUCAGAAACCCAGUAAAAUACUAUUUUUAUGAAAUCGAAUUUUAAAUUGUAAAAUUUUGCUAAUUAAAUGAACUGUUUUAUAUCUAAGAAUUAUAAUUACUUUGCUUCUUAUUUUAUUUUUCUGUUUUUCGUCUUUUGUAAACAAGGCUACCUAUGUAUGAUUUGUAGAAAAUCUACCUGAAUGUAACUUUG